CAAAGCUGUCCCGGAACAUUCAUUAAACGGUCGCAGAACUGUUCCUCUCCUCUUCGGUCUUUUGUCACUUAUCUCUUCCACAUACUUCCACAUCUGUGACUUCUUCGCUAGAGUACGCGGCAUCAAACUCUUCUCUUGACAAGGAAUCUAAGGUGUGAAGCAAAAACAGGUGGGGCUAAAUACCCUUACUUAUUCUUGCUCAGAGUAAACAAGAAUAAAUUAUUAUAGAAUGGCAGCCUCUCAGGCAGCAGUUGGCCUCAUGGUCCCCAGCCAUAAACCGUUCGACGGGAAGCUUGCGAUUAUCACAGGAGCUUCGCGAGGAAUCGGUGCCGCAACAUGCGAAUAUUUCGCAAGCCGAGGUGCAAAUCUGGUGAUGAAUUACACCAGCCAAUCGUCUGCAGAACGCACAAAUAAGCUCGCCGACCAACUGGAAUCCAAGUACCGCGUGAAAACUUUGGUCGUACCCGCAGACAUGGGCUCUGAGGAUGGACCAGCCCAUAUUAUCAACGAGGCGAAGAACCAUAUGGCCUCCUCGCAAAGCGGAAAGUUCCAAAUUGACAUCAUCAUCAACAAUGCAGGUGUAUCCGUGAACCGUAAGAUCCAGGACUGCGAUGCUGAAGACUUUGCGUUUCAGUACAAUAUCAACGUUCGGGGACCACUUUUGCUCAUGAAGGCAGCGCUACCAUAUUUACCUCACGAUCGUAGUGGAAGAAUUGUGAACGUGUCCUCUGUGUCCUCGUCCCUGGGCUUCAUCGCUCAAUCCGUAUACGGAGGUACAAAAGCAGCUUUAGAAGCCAUGACGCGAACCUGGUCCCGGGAGCUGUCUGAGCGAGCCACUGUCAAUGCGGUGAAUCCUGGACCCGUAGCAACGGACAUGUACAUGGGCACCACGGAAGAAUUUGCUGCGAAUAUGAAACCGUUCAUUCAGCAUGCGCCGCUUAUGCGAGCUAGAGAGGGUAUUGACAGCGAAAAGGAAGUCGAAGAAGCCAAAAAGACAGGUGGUAGAAAUGGAAAGGAUUAUGAGAUUGCGGGGGUAAUUGGAAUGUUGUGUUUACCAGAAGCGGCUUGGUGUACUGGCAGCGUAGUUUGUGCGAAUGGUGGCAUGGCAUUCACUGUGUAGUUGAAGUACAUUUAUGACAUCAAACCUCCGGAUUGGGGUCAUGCAACCAGAUGUCGAUAACCGAUUGUCCUUUCCUUUCGCGGGAUAAUUAUCUCUUCCCACUUGUAAUACAUAUAAUGAAUCAUCACACCGUAGUCAUGCAAAACUGUUGAGAACUGGACAGGCCUCGUCAG